AAAAUUUGUUCCAUACAAUACAUGGAUUUGAUUGGUUCUUACGAUAAAAUUCAACCAAUCAGUUUAAAGCAAUAUACGAAGUUUAAACAUCGAAAAUAUUUACAACCUAUUUAAGUUCAACAUGCUCAAAGUAACCAAAGUUACAUUAAGUUCAAAGAACAAUCAAGAAUAUUAGUAAAACAAAUAUUAAAAAGACUAAUUUCUGUUGUUGGCAACAUAUUUGUCCUUCGAUAUGUUGUUACUGCAUUUCGUCAAUAAAUUGAUAUUUGACGAAUUAACCAAAACCAGUCAUGUGGUUAGAGUGAAAAAUUUACAAUAUUUUAGCACUGGAAAUAAAUUAAUGGAACGUAUACCACGUAAUAUAAAGGAUUGUUCAAGAUUUAUGAUUCGUAGAAAUCGUAUAAACUCGGAAGACAAAGAGCCUAAAGCUGGAAGCGAUACCAGUUUCUCUUGGUUUAAAGCAGAAGCUCCGCCACCUCAAACUUUUUCUAUAGGUAAUAUUAAAUCUUGGUGGGAAUAUAAUAAGAGAUUAUUGUUUGCUAAACAACAAGAAUUUAAUUUUGAAAGAGCUAACACUUUGGGUAGUAACAUAGCUGCUGCGUAUUUCGUUAUUGAAUGGAGCGGAAAAGUAAAGUUUAAGAACUCUAAUUGGUUAGAAGCCACAAAGGAUAAACCUGUUCGUUUACCAAAUUCAUAUAAACCAAAUUAUAUAAUUAUUGGAAUAGAUGCUAGUAAUACGUUAAUAUGUUACGAAGGACUUAAAAAUAUGAAUUCGCUUCAUUAUUUAAAAUGGCUUAGUUUUAAAGGCUGUGAAUAUAUUGACGAUUGGUGCAUAGACAAAAUAUCUGCACAAUAUCCGUCGUUAGAGUAUUUAGAUAUUUCUGAUUGUAAAAAUGUAACUGAGAGAGCAUUAGAAGCAAUAUACAAAUUAUAUAAUCUCAAAACGUUAAUAGUGACAAAUCAUCAGAAAUCUGCAACAUUUGAAUUGACAUGUCUUAUGUUAGAAGAAUGUAAUACAAAUUUACAAUGCAAGAUUUUUAAUUCAAGGUAUUCAAAUAAUAAAUCCCAAGAAAAGAAUAAAUAAUUUAAAAGAUUAAUGAUUUAAUUGUAUAAAUAUAAUGUGUGUAUAUAAUCAUGUCCUGUAAUAUGUGGAAAUCAUAUCCUGAUCAUGCAUUUUUUAUGAUAUUUCUUAAUUUAUUUUUUUCUCUAUACUUCUUAACAUAAUAUAAUUCAGCUUUAUUGGUGAUACCGUACGUUUUUAAAUUUUCGUUAUCGUUUAAGAGCUGUACAUUGUUGAAACAUAAGUUAUACUUUUUCCAAACAUGUCUCCAACUUAUUUUCUUCUUAAUAUUAUCUCUUUUGAAACAUAAGUUUGUAUGUCUCUUGAUGGCUCUUUUUAAAUCAAGCACUGUAGUUGUAUGAGUAGGUACCUAUAUUUAAAUAAAUAAAAGUUUUUAUAGAUA